UCGUCAUAUCUUGUCGGAGGACGUGCGUGUCUGACAGGCCUUAGCAAUAAGACCUAAAACAGCUUUACAACUUUCAGUGAGAAGUCACGGGAUACGUUAUUCAAUAAAACAUCAAAAUGAGCUACCAUAAACCAGACGAGAAAACCCUGCAGGGCCUGAAAGACAUCGCCAAUAAACUGAGAAUUAAUUCAAUCAAGGCAACAUGCGCAUCAAACUCUGGACAUCCCACCUCUUGCUGCAGUGCAGCAGAGCUUAUGUCGGUGCUGUUUUUCAACACCAUGCGCUACAAGGCCGAUGACCCACGCAAUGCUUGUAAUGACCGCUUCGUCAUGUCCAAGGGCCAUGCUGCUCCCAUUCUUUACGCCGCCUGGGCAGAAGCUGGUUUCGUCAAGGAGUCCGAGCUCCUGAACCUCCGCAAAGUGGACUGUUUGCUGGAGGGCCACCCUACCCCUAAACUGGAGUUUGUUGAUGUGGCCACUGGAUCACUGGGACAGGGUCUCGGAGCUGCCUGUGGAAUGGCCUACACCGGCAAACAUUUCGACAAGUCGAGCUACCGUGUGUACUGCAUGAUGGGAGACGGCGAGUGCUCAGAGGGGUCAGUGUGGGAGGCCAUGGCCUUCGCCUCCUACUACAAGCUGGACAACCUGGUGGCCAUCCUGGACGUGAACCGGCUGGGCCAGAGCGAGGCCGCGCCCCUGCAGCACGAUAUGGACACGUACAGGAAGCGCUGUGAGGCUUUCGGCUGGAACACGUAUGUGGUGGAGGGUCACGACGUGGAGGAGCUGUGCAAGGCGUUUUGGCAGGCUGAGCAGGUCAAAGGGAAGCCCACCGCCAUCGUGGCCAAAACGUUCAAGGGCAAAGGACUCAAAGGCAUUGAGGAUCUGGACAACUGGCAUGGGAAGCCCAUUCCCAAGGACCGUGUGGACGCCCUGCUGAAUGACCUGAAGAGUCAGAUCCAGUCUCCCAACAAGGUCCUCACCCCAGAGAUGCCCCAGGAGGACGCCAAGCCUGUGGACUACUCGCCCAUCCGUCUCCCCACUCCCCCUGCAUACAAAAAAGGCGAUAAGAUUGCGACCAGAAAGGCCUAUGGUGUGGCCUUGGCCAAGUUGGGACAGAACAGCCAAAGGGUAGUGGCCCUUGAUGGGGACACCAAGAACUCCACAUUCUCCGAAACCUUCAAGAAGGCUCACCCUGACCGCUACAUCGAGUGCUUCAUUGCGGAGCAGAAUAUGGUCAGCGUUGCCAUUGGCUGUGCCACCCGUGACCGAACCGUAGCCUUCGCCAGCACAUUUGCCGCCUUCUUCUCCCGAGCCUAUGACCAGAUCCGCAUGGCCGCUAUCUCCCAGUCCAAUGUCAACCUGUCAGGUUCCCACUGUGGAGUCUCCAUUGGUGAGGAUGGUCCAUCUCAGAUGGCCUUGGAGGACCUGGCUAUGUUCCGAGCUAUCCCAACAUGCACUGUGUUCUACCCCAGCGACGGCGUGUCCACUGAGAGGGCAGUGGAGCUCUGUGCCAACACCAAGGGAAUCUGCUUCAUUCGCACAAGUCGUCCUGAGACCGCAGUGCUCUACUCUCCCGAUGAGAAGUUCGAGAUUGGACAUGCAAAGGUGGUGCGCCAGUCUGACAGCGACAGGGUGACUGUGAUUGGUGCAGGAGUGACUCUGCAUGAAGCCCUCACUGCUGCAGACCAGCUGGCUGGUGAAGGAGUGAACAUUCGUGUGAUCGACCCGUUCACCAUCAAACCUUUGGAUGCCGGCACCAUCGUGUCCAGUGCCCGGGCCACCGGAGGAAGGAUCAUCACAGUGGAGGAUCAUUACAAAGAGGGUGGUCUGGGCGAGGCCGUGCUGGCAGCCGUGGCUGAGGAGCCGGGCAUCGUGGUGCAGUGCCUGGCCGUGAGCCGCGUCGCCCAGAGCGCCAAACCGCAGGAGCUGCUGGACAUGUUUGGCAUCAGCGCCAAGGGCAUCGUCGCUGCCGUCAGGAGUACCUUUGCCAACUAAGGGGCAUCUUGAUUGACACAUCGCUUGGCUAUCUGCCCACCCCACCCUACCAGUUUUCCCCUUACUGCCCAUAAACUAACAUCCAGAACCAAGCUCAGAAACACUCAAGCUACAGUUAUAACAGCGGGGCAAACCACCACUUGUUAUAUUUAGGAAAUGUUGUGUUGAAGUUGUAUCUAAUCAUGUUUUUGGUUGUCGAGCAUUCCUCUAAAGUCUUUGUACAGCUGGUAGACUCUGUCUAGAUUAAUUCUUAUUGGUCACCUUGCUUUUUUAUUAUUAUUUGAAAACUCACAAAAUACUGUAGGCAUUUUGCUACCUCGUCAGCAAUUGGUUGCAGUCAUUCCAGUUAAAGGUUGCUGUAAGAAACAUGUCUCUUCUGAUUCUACAUCACCCUGUCUGUCCAAGUGCAGAUGCCUUUGCACCAGUUAACAUUUCAUGACGAAGGUUUAACAUCUUGCCUGUCUGCUAGACUAAUAUAUAAGCUCUUUGUAUAUUGACAGAUGUAACUGUUGAUGAUGGUGAGUCAUUCAUGUUGGAUCCAGCAUGUCAUUCCACUUUUGCUUGUUUCCCCUGUUUCGAUGUCAUUCCCCAUUAUUUGCAUUGUGUUCUCUUGGAUAUGAGGUCUCUCCGUGUGUUUAGUAUUUGGCCUCCAACAGCAAGUGCAUAUCAGAGCCUAACACUUUGUUUCAUUCCUUGACGGUGCUUAUGGCGCAGAUUCUGUGAACGGCCUCCUGUCGGCGCAUUUCCCUGUGUGAUAGCAAGGCGAUGGAUAUAGUAGUGGCGUAGCUUCUUUGGCCAAAUGUGACUUAACAUUCUGGAAGUGGCUUUGUGUGUUACUAAAGGGUGUAGUCCUUCAUCACUUGUGUUGGAAAAAAAAAUAAUAGUUUGCGCUGCCUUUGACAAUGCUGUAAUAAACUGACUUGGUUUAGAUCAAAAUGUCA